ACAAUAACUUUUUUUUAAAAAAAUCGAAUUAAUAAAAUAUGCAGAGUUCUCUGUUUUUUCUUCUUUGCGUAGUAUAUAUAGUUUGUUUGUGAAUGAACGAACAAACAAACACAUAUAUACACUAACAAAGAAAUGGCAAACACGGAUUCAACAAUUUGGCCUAACGAACAACAACCACCACCUCAACAAACAGUGCCAAGCAGCGCUUGGCGUUCUUCAGGGUCUAUAGGGCCAUUUUUUGCUGUCAUCUCUGUGUUAACCAUCCUCGCGAUUCUUUCUUGUUUAGUGGGAAGGUAUUGUAGGAAUCGGAAGCCUGUGACACCGUUGGAUAGUGUUAAACAGAGAGAUUGUAGAUUUGGGUGGCUGAGGGGAAAAUUAUGCUGGCGCUGUACGAAUUGUGGUGAAAGUAGUAAUAAUGAGGGUAAGGGACAAGAUGUUGUUUGAUGAAUUAACAAGCCCUUUGAUCCUUGAGGACAGCAUUGAUUUGGAGUAAAAAUUUUCUACUGUUGUAAUAUGGUUAUUUGUGUAAACAUCUGAUCUUUGCUAUAUGUAGAAGCAGAGUCAUUUGUAAGUUGCUGUUCUGUUUUGAAGCAAUUUAUAAAUAUUAUGAGUUGCUAGUUACUACUCUCGUGCAAUUUUUUCCUUUGUGAAUGUUAUUUGUUAUUCACAAGUGAGAAUCAAUGAUCAAUUAAUAAGAUUUUAAGAGUGAUGGAUUCGGAAUUUUGAA